UCUGCUACAUGAACAUAUUAUGGUUUUUAAACUGCAAGCUUUAUUCGUUAUAUUCUUUUAUCAGAUAAGAAAUGCAUUCAGAUUUUAGUUUGUUUUAACCUUUAUUUAAAUACAGAAGAAAUCAACUGCAGCCAUGGAUGAUUUCAGUUGCUACGACAGAAUAGUUGAUGGUUGGGAAAGAACUGACACAGAUACAGGAGUGCCCUACUUCAUCAAUCAUUUGAGUGAGUGCACGUCAUGGGAUCAUCCAUACUGGACCAAACUCCUGGAGGGGCUAGGUGAAUUUGAUUCUGUGAAGUAUGCUGCAUACAGAACUGCCUUGAAAGUGCAGUACAUUCAGAGACAUUUACACUUAGAUGAGCUGGAUGUAUACAGUAUCCAGCAAGAGUUGGAGGAUGCGGGCUAUACACCAGGAUCCCGGGAGUUGCUUGGGUGUGAUGACAUCGUCACCCUGCUCUUAAGCAUAUACAGCCACACCCACAACACUGACAGACAGCUGGGCCAGGUGGAGAAGAUGGCUGACCUCAUGCUCAACUUUGUACUCAACCUAUACGAUAAGAACAAGAUGGGCCUCAUUCCUGUAUUGUCAGUGAAGAUUCUGCUGGUAACAAUGUCAGGGGCUAAACUGACAGAUAAGUACAGAUACUUGUACCAGGAGCUACAUGAUCCCAGCACCUUUGUGGGAACCAGAGCUCUCGGGGAAUUUCUGAAUGCCCUCAUGAAGAUUCCGGACUUUCUGAAAGAGAGCCUGGCAUUUGGCAGAACAACAGAUCCAGCAGUUGCCAGCUGUGUGCAGAUGGGCACAGACUCAGGUGGUGUGACAGAGGAUGUGUUUUACCGGUGGCUACAGAGGGAACCACAGACUGUUGUCUGGCUACCAACCCUCCACAGAAUCAUGGCCACCCAGCAUGUUGUCCACAAUGUGAAAUGCAGCGUAUGCAAAGUAUAUCCCUUGGUAGGAUUAAGGUACCAGUGCCUCCAGUGUUUCAAGUUCAGCCUGUGUCAGAGCUGCUUCUUUAGGGGGAAGACUCGUAAAAACCACAAACCCAAACAUCCGACCAGGGAGUACUGUACCAGUGCGACAGCGAAGGAUGACACAGCAGCCUUCAUGAAGACCCUGAAGAACAACCUAAGCCGUAAACACCGGCGCAAGUCAGCCAUCAAGUAUAUGCCAGUGGAGGCAGACAGCCAGUACACAAACCUUGCAUGGUCUCCCGGGAAGCAGGAAGAGGGUGGUGGGGACAUUCACCAGGACAUCUCACAGACAGCUCGCAGACUGGCAGAGAUAGAGAGACUUGACUCUCACACCCAGACCACGCCCCUGCCCACAGAUGCCCCUCUCCCUGAUGGUCACCACCCUUGGGACAGAACUCUGACCUCACUGUCACCACCUUCAACACUUACAUACAAGGAGAACAUUUCGCCGUUGUCUGCAAAGGAGGAUGGUUUCCAGCGGGAGAGAGAGGAGCUGAAUAAUGUCAUCCUCGGGCUGCAGGAGGAAAACAGGGCCCUAUAUGAGCAGCUUGCUAGCCUGGAACCAUACAGUGAUACAGACAGCUUGCCCAGCAAGCACCCUGACCCCAGUGCCCGAUCCCCAGUCUAUCACUCCCCUCCUCCAUAUACACUGUCAAACAACCUGCUGAAGCUGCUCAAGGAGAGCCAGAACUUGCCAGUACGUGAGCCCCUCCCACAUGAGGCCACGCCCAUCUAUCUGAGUGUGCCCAUUAUACGCCUGCCCAGUCAAUUCAGUGACUCUGCACCCACCAGCCCGGGAUCAGAAGGAAGUCUUCCUCAGCCUAAUUUCUCAACACUGGAUUCUUCCGCCACUUACUCUAUCCACUCUCCAGCAGUGGAGGAAGGUUUGCUCACCCCACCAAGGGAGAGAACUCUGGCUGACAGCCUGGACGCCCUUGAUGCCAGCCCGGGCAGGUUCAGUCUCCCCUCUCCCUGCAAGAGCACAGAUGGAAUAUCACCAGAGGAAGAUGAAUUGAAGGCCAUUGUGGAGAAAGUGGAUAAGUUCUUCCCCUCUGACCUUUCCUAUGGUCGUCCAGUGUCAAGACAGAGUGAAGAUGAGGAUGAUAUGCUGAGGGCAGCCACGUCCAUCAGUCAAGCCAUGUCAGCCUUCGUCUCCCAGGCCGUUAACCCACCUCUCAUGCCCUCGCUGGACCUCAUAUUGCAGGAGUAGCAUUCUAAAGCAACAUGUUAGCCUUCAUCUUACAUAUUAGCUGGAACAAGUCCCUUAAGCCUUUGUGGCCUUUCUUCUAACAUGUUGCCAAAACAAAUCUUGCAAGGUUUUCAUGGAGCCAGUCAGUGUCUGUGUCAUGUUUUAGCCUGAUAUCACCAACCAUGCCUUCACUGGAUCUUGUACUGUAGGAGUUUUUUUGUAUUUUGUUCAUUACCUUCGGUGUAUUAUAUGUUUUACUUUACUAAAAAUGUAUAGGACACACUGUUUUCCCAUAGAAUUCUAUACACUCUCAUUUAUGGUACUUUUUAUGUUUUAAUUUGAGUAGAUUGCUUUGUUUUUUUAUGAUAAGAGAUGUAUUUUAACGCUGACAGACAAUGAAUACAUGAGUAACUAAUGUAAUCGUGACUUAUAUGUAUUCAGGAAAUUUGCCAAUUUUAUUAAGCACUUUGUCAAACUUGUGUACGGUAUUUAUAUUUCUAUGCUUAAAACUGCUUGGUUUGUAUUUGACUAUAGACUUGAUAAGUAUGUGCCUUUUAUUAACUGUGUCAAACCCUUUAAUAUGAUCUCACUUUAUGUAAUCGUACAUGUAUGUCAAUUGCCUACUUUAACCCUUUUCUACUUGCUAGACAGACCCUGAUCUCAUGUAUACCUGUGUUGUGUUCCCCUUUGUACUCAAAUUGGUGUCAAAAUGUAGAGCUAUUUUCAAAAUUUGUAUUAUCAGUUUUUAAUGGUUUUAUUAUUCUAUUGUGCUUAUGUAAAUCAUGGCUUUAUGCAAUUAUCUAGUCAGAUGAGAUUUCAAAAUGUUCUUACAAACUGCAGAACGACAUGUAUCUCUGUGUUCCAAAAGAGAUUCAUUUAUACAUUACUAGUAUCCUUGUAUUAAAUUUUAUCUCAAAUGCUUGUAUUUGCCAAUUUAUAAUGUACUAUUUUAUGACCUCAAAAUAAUGAGAUUUAAGCGUUUAUUAGUUCUCUUUUUACAUCAUGUUUUUAUUACUGCAUUGCAUAUUGAAUUAUUAGUUGCUUGAUAACAUCUUUUGAUAGAUGAGAUUAUUUUAAGACUUUUGUCUGUUCUGAUUUUUAGCUUGACUAUUCGAAGAAUAAGGAGAGCUAUACUACUCACCCUAGCGUGGGCGUCACACCUUGGUUAAGGUUUUGCAUGCAAGUACCUUUAAGUCAUUAUCUCAGUAAAAUACAUCAUUUAUUGCAUUAAAACUUUGGAUGUGUAUUCCCAACUAUCUUACAUACUAAAUUAAUAAAGUAAGAUAACAAUUAUUUGAAUAUAAUGCAAAUUAUGGGCCUUAUUUAUUUGACUUUGAAAUUCUGGUUAAGGUUUUGCAUGUAAGCACAGGUUAAUAUCUCAGCAACUACUUGAUGUAUUGCAUUGAAACUUUAUACAAUGGUACUCAACCAUCCAAUCUGCUUAAAUGACCAAGUAAGUUAACUCUAGUUUGCAUUAAAUUCAAAUAAUGGCCCUUUCUUAUUCGACAUAGAAUUUCUGGUUAAGGUUUUGCAUGUAACCACUUUUAAGUCAAUACCUCAGCGAAUACAUCAUGUACGGUAUUACAAUGAAACUUUAUACACAGGCUUCCAACUAUUCAACCCUCUUAAUUAAUCAAGUAAGAUAACUCUAUCUUGCAUAUUAUAUAAUUUUUUCCCCUUUAUUAUGCGACUUAGAAAUUCUUGUUAAGGUUUUGCAUGUUAGUACACAUAGGUUAAUAUCUCAGCAACUACUUGGUGUAUUGCAUUGAGACUAAACAAUUGUACUCAACCACCCAACCUACUUGAAUUGCCAAGUUAGAUAACUUUAUUUUGCAAAUAAUGUCCCUUUAUUAUUGGACUUAAAAUGUUAUUGUAUACAACCUAUACUUCUUUAAUGUAUUGCAUGCUAUUUCCAUCAAGUCUGUAUUUCAUUAAAGGCUGAAUGUUUUUGAAUUUUACACAAAUCUUUGCAGGCAUCAUUCUAAUCUAAUUUUACAGUGAUCCAUGCAUGUUUCGCCAAAACUUUUCAAUCCUUACACUGAGAAGCGGCGGAAUAGUCGAGCGCGCUGUCUCUGUAUCAGCUCUUGUUUCUUCUGUUUUGUAAUUUUGGUAUUUCAUACUAUCAAAUAUGUAUGUAUUGCAUGUGGAAAAGGUUUACUUAUUGUUUUAUUAGAUUAAGGAAGUUGAUAAUAAUUUUACAAUCAUUUUUUUAUGAUGUAAUCUAAAAAAGUAAUCUGUUCUGAAGAUUUGAAACCAGGCUGUUGGGUUAAAUGAAUUAAAAGUAUAUGUAUAUCAGACAUUAGCUGUAAGUGUCCCCUGAUACAUAUCCUACUUCUUGCGACAUAAAUACCCAUUUGUUACCUAAAACACAUAUUUGAACAAAUAGAAUGAACAUACAACUGUCACAUCAUUGCUAAGAUCUAUGGAGACCUUGUCAUUUAAUCUUAUGUGAACUUUUAAAUGUUUUUUCUAGCUGUUGCAGGAAUUUCAUUCUUUAUGCAAAAUUGCAUUUAUAAACAAUUACAAAUGCCCUUCUGAGGCAAUGAAUUCAUUGUGAAUUUCUUAUGUCUAUAAACCUAUGCAACUUUUCAACUGGUGCUAUCUACUUUAGUGUCGAUAAUAAAAUAUUAUCAAUCUUA